ACUCCCUACCUUGACCACCAGGGGGAGAAGGCAAACUGAUCUUCCAUCAGAUUUCUUGGGUAACUCCAUUCUUCUCUUUCUCAUAACGUGAACCAUGCGGAACCAAGCAGACCGCGUCUGGGCUGAUAAAUCACCGAUAUAACGGGCACAGUAUCUGAACACACUGCACCUAGACGACAGACCUUCUUUAACUCACCAACGGAAGAAACGCUGAAGAAGUUAAGACUUCUAACUGAAGAUCAUGUCUCUGAUGCUACUGCUGGUGUUGGUGUGCCAAACCAUGGCGUCACCUCGACUCUCGGCAUCAGACCCCUGUGUUCUAGAACUAGAGGAGUUGAGACGUGAUGUCCGUAUUCUGGAGAACAAACUGUUGAUCGGAGUGUGGCAGCUCAACCAUGUCAAGACACACAGCUACAUCAUCACCCCCCCACUACCCAGUAACUCUACCUUCAACCUAACAGAGGAAUACAGGACAGGAGCCUCUCUGCCUCCAGCAGGAAGCCUCAUCGUACAUGACAAAGACUGCUCUGAGCUGUAUGACAGACAGAGGCCAGACUCCGGGUUUUACCGGAUCAGACCUAGAGUGGAUCAGGAGCCGGUCCUAGUCUUCUGUGACAUGGAAGAUGGAGGAUGGACUGUUAUACAGCGACGAAGACAUGGCAGGGUUGACUUCAACAGAGACUGGGUGGACUACAGAGACGGGUUUGGAGACUUUAAGCUGUGGAACGAUGAAUUCUGGCUGGGCAACGAACACAUCCAUUCUCUGGUGAAGGAAGGUGAGAACCUGGUGAAGAUAGAUCUGAUGGACUGGAGCGGAGACAAGACUCAUACCUACUACCAGAACUUCAGGAUCACAGAUGAGAAGGAUAGCUAUCGUCUAUGGUACGGUGUGCAUAGCGGUCGUGGAGGAGAUGCUUUAUCAGGAGGAAGGGGGAUGGUGGAGCAAUGGUCUUCCUCUCUCAGUGGGAUGCAGUUCAGCACCAGAGACCAGGACCAUGACCGCUACCUACAGGGUAGCUGUGCCCAGGAGAACAGAGGAGGCUGGUGGUACAACAGGUGUCAUGCAGCCAACCUGAAUGGGAAGUUCUACCGCGGUGGAGUCUACAAGGGUCUCUAUGACAAUGGUGUGGUGUGGGGCACCUGGAGAGGCCUGUGGUACUCCCUCCGACACACCACCAUCAAAAUACGGCCCCUGCUCUCCCUGGACAGCCUGGCAGGCAGCGGAGCAGGGCCAGAUGGGUAGAGGGUCCAGGAAAUACUGAGGCUUCAGCCAGCGCUAGGCCUCAAGACAUGGAGCCAGUCAACCACCGAAUCACCUGCAGUAGAAAGUAUUAGAGGCUUUAAAAAAACAUUAUUUUAAAAAUAUAUUUUCAUUUAUUAUUUGUUAUUUUCCAAUCUUUUGUCAAAUUCUUUGUAAAUAUAUAAAAUGUUAAUGAGGCUUUGUCUUCCCAGUUUCAUAGUAUCGUUGACAUAUUAAGGUCACAGCAGGGGAAUGAUGUAGUUCAGACGUAUAUGUUUUGAACUAAAUGCAAUUAUGCAAUAAUAAUAAAUGAGAAUU